AGAAAGUUUGCAGAGAUAUUUGAGAAGAAAAUCGAAAAGGGAAAAGAAAAAUGGAAGAUUUUGACAAGAAGGUUUCAUUAAAAGACACAAUGGAGAUUGAAGAAGCAAACAGCUAUUGCAGCAACAAAAGCAAUGAAAUUCUCCGAUUACUUCGCAAAUUUCUCGAGGUUCAACGGCGUAGGGCUCAAGCUUACGCCAAGCUCAAAACAGGGUUCUCGGAGUAUAUGAAAUCCGGAGGGGAAUUGGCCUACCAGCAGCUUUGCAGUGAGAUCACAGUAGAGUUCAAUGAUUGCUCAAAACAAGUCCUCGAGAUGGAAUCUCUUUUCUUAAAUCCUGAUUACUGCCGAACUGAUCUAGCUGAGCUGCUUAGAGCCGUUCAAACACAGGAAAAGCAGAAAUUGCAUCUGACUGCUACGAUUCAGGUCCUGAAGAAGGCAGGUCGCCCAUCAGAGCGUCUAGUGAACCACGAGAAUUGCAUAUUUAAGAAGCCAAUGGAGCAUGAAUGCGUGCACGUCCAUGAGAUAACAGAAGCAGCAGGAACCGAAGAUGCAGAAGCAAAUGCUGAGUAUGAUAAUGCUCUCAAGGAAGCUAUUAGAGGAGUUCAGGAUGCUGUGACCACCAUUAAUGAACAUUUAGAAGAAGUGAGAUAUGAAAUUGCUGCCCUUGAAGCAGAGUAAGUUCACUAUAACUCAAAAUGUUUAGUCACUCAAAUUCUAUUCUAUGCAAGGAUUACAAGAAAAGGGUCCGGGUUCAGGUUCAGUUCAAGGUCAAGGUUGGUGUUGGUCCAUGUUUUGUGUUCUGGGUUGGGCUGGGUCGGAUAUUUAGCCUACAAUUUUAUGCUGGUUUGGUUCAUGAAAUCUAAUGUUUUA